CCCGUAUCGCAUCGUCUUCACUUCUUCUCUCACCUCUCCCCGACCCACACUCCUCCUCCUCCGGCCUCGCCCACGCCUCGCCCUUUCUUAACCAUCCUCCAUCUCCCCUUCCAUCUCCACCUUCGCCCAGCCGUCCGCCACCACGCGUCUGUGUCGCUUUGCUCCUCGCCAUCGACCUCGACCUCGUUCCCGUCCUCGUCCACGUCCCCGCCUGGCCUUUGACUGUCCUGCUCCUGGCACCCGCACACAAAGCACCUCCACGACCCGCCCAACCCCAGCGCAUUCAGCGCGUUCGGCGCAUCCAGCGCAUCCAGCGCAUCAAGCCCGCCCCUCGGCGCGUCAUCGACUCCCCAUCAACCCUACUUAACGGGCCGUCAUGAGGCAGGAGCUCAACGGUCCUGUCCCCUUCCUGCGUGAUGACCAGUAAUGGCGAAGCUGCUCCGCUCCUGCACCCGCCGCCUGUUGGGAAUGAGCCCCAAGACCGUCUACCCACCUCACCGCCACCCUCUCCUCCACCUCACACUGCCUCCCCGAACUCGCCCAAGAGUGCAUCCGCAGCAUCUUCUAGACAGAAGCGGGUAUCAGACACACACCUGCGCAAUGGAAACCAUCCCUCCGAAGACCUUGCUAAUGAGUCUGAGGCAGAAACAGUCGUCUUGGGUGACGCUGGCGAGGACGCCUUGACAGAUUUACAGAGCAUCAAGUUAGAGAAUCACAAUGGAGAACCUAGUGUCGACGAGGUGCCGCACGGUCCCAACUGCCGCAGCCUUUCACCAGACGCUGACCAGAAAGACUCCAACAACACCGAACCGGCCCACCCCACCGUUGAGCUUGAUGCGAAGAGUCCAGUUCCCACCUCGCCCAGCAGCCGCACAACCUCGCGACAUACCAAAGACACCAGCCCAACCGACUCUGCAAAGUCGUCUGGACGUCCGGCCGCCUCACCGCCUCUGCUCUCGGAUCGCGGGCGCAGCUCCCCCACCACCGCGCCGCGCAAGCGCAAGCUACGCGACGAGUCCCACCCCAAGGCACUUGAACCUCCUCGCCAGAAAGCCAAAACCGAGGGCCUCCAACCGUCUGGCGCUCGCCGCUCUUCGCCUGCGACUUCUCCAGGCGUUGCGAGGCCUCACAAGCGAUCGCAUUCCACGCAAUCCGCGCCCCACAACGGCUCUGGUCGCAGGCGCAAAGAUCUCACUCCGCUGACGCUGCCACAAGAUCUGACACAUUGGUCCGAGUCCAGCUCGGAACGAUCGUCUUCUCCCCGGCCCUCGCAGACGCCUCACGCGCUUUUACCACCGCGGCCAAAACGAUCGUCGCAUCGAGCGUUGACUUCUCCUGCACGUGCCAUGGGCAAACGAAACGUUGACCAGUUCGGCGCCACGCGGCUAGCGCGUGAGAGCGAAAAGGGCGACUUGGAAGCCGUCAAGGCGGCCUACGAGACAGCUCCGUUGGAACUUGACCAAGAAGACUUCGCGGGUAUUACGCCGUUGCAAAAAGCCGCACUGAAUGGGCAUACUGAGGUCGUAAAGUUUCUGCUCGACAAGCGCUGCCAGACGGACUGCGAAGCAAACAACGGCGACACGCCUCUAAUCGACGCCGUGGAGAACGACCAUCUUGAGAUCGUCCGACUUCUUCUGGACCAAGGCCACGUAAAUCCCCAUCACCAAAAUAAGAAGGGGAAGCGAGCGAUUGACCUUCUCCGCCGCGACCGCCCCAAUUAUGAAGAAAUCGAAAAAGCGUUAAAGGAGGCUAUGAAGAAGCACGUGGACACCACAAGCAAGCAAAAUCAUGCACAUUUGGGGGCCCGACAGAAGGUCGCGUCGAGGCUCUUAUACAACGAGUUCAAUACCGAGACGAUGAUAGAGAAAGCCGGUGAGGGGGACGCAGCGGCAGUCGGUGAGCUCCUCAUGAGCAAUAUCAAGCCAAACAUUGCGUGUGGUGUGGCUGCCUCGCGUGGGGGGCACGAAGAUGUUCUUGGGCUCCUUCUGGCUUAUGGACUCAAAGCAGAUCCGGACCCCGCUAAGCACAGCGAGACUCCCAUGCUGGUCGCUAUUGGACGAGGGCACAUCGAGAUCAUCAAGUUACUGCUGAAGCAAGAUACCUUCAACCCAACCAGACGCAAUCGAGAGGGGAAAACGUAUUGGGAGAUAUCGGAAGAGAGGAUGGGUCCCAGAUGGGAGGAGGAGAGGGAUGAAUUGAAAAAGGCCUUUGACGAGUAUCGGAACAGGAUCAAGAGCCCCAAGAGACUCAAAAAGGAGAUACCCAUUCCAGCCACCAUCCGUGCUAAGAAGAAGAGUUCUCCUUCCGGACGCGAUCGAUCGUCUUCCCCCCAACAAGAACCCCACCGUGCUCAUCCCGCUAAAUCAUCUGCUGUUCCUCAAGCGCCACAAAAAGCAAGAAGAUUGAUGACCGGGAAGGAGAUAGCAAAUCGUGAAGGCAAGCGACGACGUCGGGUAGUUUCAGAGGACAGCUCUGACGAUGAAAGUCACGAUGAAGCACGGCCACCUCCAAAGAAAGAGAAGGUUACGGCGAACCGCCGAUCUCAGAGCGAAGAGCCGCGUCCCGUCAAGAAGUAUAUCAAGCGUGUUGCCGAUGGAGCCGUUUUCAAGAGACCGGUUCCUGCACACUCGGGUGUCAGCGACGACGAAGCUCGGGGGAAGCGUAAUCCAAAGAUCCGCACAAAGACCGCCGGAGGAACUGUUGCCAGGCCUUCAAUCUCUGAUGCUGACUCGCUGGAUGAGCGAAAGCCUCUAAGUAAGGCAGCCAAGUCUCGCCUGGGUGACGACGCAACCACCAGGCGCCGUGCUUCUGACGCUUCCAUGGACCAUGCUUCCCAGAUGAAGAGGCCGCCGACGCUGCCAUCCGCCAAAUCUACCCCUGGACCUCCUGAUGAGGCCUCCCCUCCGGAUUCCAUUCGCGAACAGCACCAAGGUUUCGAAAAACAUCUCCCGGAAACACAAAAGAAAAAGGGAGACACAGAUGCACAGAAGGCAAAGGAGCAAGCAGCACGCCAAUCCUUGCACGCUGAGGAAGUCCAGAAUAGAAUGGCAGCUGAGAUCGCGGCUAAACGACAAGCAGAGGAGGCUGAGGCGGUCAGGAAGCAAAAACAGGAGGAAGCCAGGAGACGAGAGGCUGAAGAGGCAAGGGUUCGAGAAGAAUUGGAGCAGGCUGCUCGCGAGGUACGCGUUUCCAAACUCCCUCGGGCUCUUCAACGGGCGUGCAAAAUGGGGCUCAACCGGCCGCUACGUUUUCGCGGGCGCGAAAUGGGCAUAUCUGCGGUUUUCCUACCCUUGUGGUAUGCGAAGGGCAAAGAUAUCGGAAUCGAUCAGGAGAGCGCGGCUGCAACCGACUAUAUCCUGUCACACCAGGUUGUUGGUAUCCUUGGUCUCCCGGAACUCGACCUAAAUCGUCUGGGACCUCCUUACAAUACGUGGACGCGCUUCGAUGUGACCAGGGAGCAGCGAAAGACUUUCAUGGCCCGCUCCGAUAUAGUACUUCUUGCGCAGGACUUUCGGUUUCCCCAGCCCGGCGACCCCGAUUUCGAUUAUGAUAUGAUUAUGGAAAGGGAGAGAGAAGUGCGCCAGCAGUUUCUUGAUAUGGAUGGUCUGUAUUGGGUUGAAGAGGCGGCAAUUCUACCCGAAAUGGAAAAGGUGGAAUACCUCCGUCCGCUGCUUGGCGAGAUCAAAGAUCCUAACAAGAGGGAACGCAUCCGGUUCAAAGGCAUCAGUUCGCCGCGGAGGGGUAUACGGCAAAUGUUCGAAGAAAUGAAGGCUGCCGACGCCGCGAUAGCUGCUGAAAAAGCGAAGGCUUCUGAAGGAGCGAAGGCUGUCGAACAAGCGAAGGAUGUUGAACAAGCGAAGGCUGCUGGAAACACGAAGGCUGUCGACGCUCCCGCUGGUAGUGGUGCUAGCGCUGGGUGACCUCUGACCGGAAGGAUCCUUAUCCCUUUUUAUUGCAGCUUGUGCUAUUCCUUGCAUGCGUGGCUAUAUUGUCUAUAGUCUGUUGAAGCCGUUCGAUGUACAAUUACACGAAUAUGGAAGAGGGAGAUGACGGACAUGAGAUGUAUUCUUGACUUGUGGAAGAAGCCGUUGCACGAGAGGGUCUUAUCCCGAUGCAGUGAAGGCCACCACUUUGACGAGCCACAGAUGGAUGGCCUGUACGUAGCAUGAUGGUCUCGUGCAUCAAUAGUCUUACAGAAUCCCAUCCAUUUGAUGAUA